UCCACGGUCUGCCCUGUCUCUUCGAACUCUUCGGAGCCCGGCUAGAUUUGGAGCCUUCGCAAUCGAGGUUCCCUGGUGCGUGGCUGCAGGACCCAACUCGCAGACAGAGCUCCUUCGCCCCGCAGCACCUGACCCCUAAACUCAUGCUCAACCCUGCGGGGUGCAGCAUUUGACAAGUCGCCUUCUCCCCGACAUGCCCCCCUUCCACAAACCAAGCCCCAGUUAAUUGCCUUCCUAACCUCAGUUUGAGACCCCUCCCUUCUUGCCCCCUCUCCACCUCUUCAAAUCUAAUCGUCUGUAAAAUUGGAGUUGAGUAUUACACAGAAAGAUUACCUUUAAGAUCGAGCAUUUCUUUGGUACCUAAAAAAGAUUUGAUGCUAACUCAAGAGUCGCUGGGGAGACCAUGGCCGAGCAUGGGGCGCACAUCACAACUGCAUCAGUGGCCGAUGACCAACCUUCCAUUUUUGAGGUGGUGGCGCAGGACAGUCUAAUGACAGCAGUGAGACCUGCACUUCGGCAUGUGGUCAAGGUUCUUGCGGAAUCCAAUCCUGCCUCCUAUGGCUUCCUGUGGAGAUGGUUUGACGAAAUCUUCACGCUGCUGGACCUUCUGCUUCAGCAGCAUUAUCUGGCUAAAACCAGCGCCUCCUUCUCAGAGAACUUCUACGGCUUGAAGAGGAUCGUCAUGCGUGACACACACGGCAUCCAGCGGCUGGCCAGCGCCGGCCUGCCCCGGCAGCAGCUCUGGAAAUCCAUCCUGCUCCUGGUCCUCCUUCCCUACCUCAGGGUGAAGCUGGAGAAGUUGGUCUCUAGCCUGCGGGAGGAGGAGGAGUACUCCAUCCAUCCUCCUUCUUCUCGCUGGAGACGCUUUUACAGAGCCUUCCUGGCAGCCUACCCAUUUGUCAACAUGGCAUGGGAAGGCUGGUUUCUCGUCCAGCAGCUUCAGUACAUCUUAGGGAAAGCUCAGCACCACUCGCCCCUGCUGAAGCUGGCUGGGGUUCGGCUGGGUCGACUGACGGCUCAGGACAUUCAGGCUCUGGAGCACAAAGCUGGCAUGAUGCCGCAACCGGCCAGGAGCUUCAGGGAGCAGAUUAUUUCAGCUCUGAAGAAAGCAGUAGGGGGAGUUGCCCUGUCCCUCUCCACCGGCCUUUCCGUAGGUGUAUUCUUCCUACAGUUCCUAGACUGGUGGUACUCAUCUGAAAAUCAAGAAACCGUCAAAUCAUUGACUGCGCUGCCUACCCCCCCACCACCUGUCCAUCUCGACUACAACUCGGAUUCUCCUCUCUUACCCAAACUGAAGACUGCGUGCCCACUGUGUCGUAAAACCCGAGUGAACGAUACCGUCCUUGCCACAUCUGGCUAUGUGUUUUGUUACCGCUGUGUGUUUAACUAUGUGAGGAGUCACCAAGCUUGUCCCAUCACAGGCUAUCCCACAGAAGUACAACACCUGAUUAAGCUGUACUCCCCUGAGAACUGAAAGCAGUAAGCACCUGCUGUCCUGAACCCUAGAGCUCAGUGUGACGUGGCAUUCUCUCAGCCUCCUCUGGGAACUAUAAGUAACUAAGUGCUUAUAGACCCAUUUGAUCCUAACCUUUUAUUGGCUCUCUAGACUCGCUACUUACAACUGACCAAACUGUGCUGUGGAGCCUCGAAAUCAGCAGGGGAUUUGAAGGGCAGCAGAGGUGGAGAGAAGUAGUGGAUGGUUUAUCCAUUCAUUUCUAAAUGAACAGUUAUACAAGUUCUCAGGAAAAAAAGCCAGGCUAGACUUUAUGAAGUGGGUGGUGAGAAAAUAAAGUAUUCAACAAAGUGCUGGCUUUAUCAAUUUCCAAAUAUGAAAAUGUGAACGUACUCUUCAUGGAAAUACUUACAAAACACUUUAGAACAGUUCCUACUAUACACUGUGACCCAUGACAAGUGCUGUAGUUUAUCAAAUUUUUUAAGAUUACUUUAUGAGCCAUAAAUAUCUUUUCUGGGAAACCAGUUAAAAAGAACAGAGGUUGAAUGUACAGGAAGAUCUCAAUGUGAGAGCAAAGCUAACAAAAAAAGUAGAAUAUUUAGCCAGCUAUAUACAAAUAAAGGCCCUUUUAAUAAGCUUUUCCUGCUUGCUGUUAAGUUUGCUAAACUGGCAUGAAUAUUCUGUCUACUAUUAAAGAAACAUUUAAAGUCAAUUUUUAAGAAUGUUUCUGACAAAUUUUAUGUUGGCAUAAUCAUGCAGGAACUUAAGAUUUACUUGAGAUGUUUAAAUUUUCACUCAGACCACCUUUGGUUUUGGGGGGUAUCUGUAUACUGAUUCACAAUUUUGUUUUUUUGCUAAACCAAUAACUGAGACAAGGAUCCUCUGCUAGAAGGUAAGCGCUGUGUGCAGCAGCUAAGACGUCACUUAGGAUGCUUGGUCCUACAUCAGAGUGCCUGGUUUGAGUCCCAGCUUCCUGCUAAUGUGCACCCUAGGAAACUGCAGAAGAUGGCUCCAUUAGCUGGGGCUCUGCCCCCUGUGUGUUGAGUUUGGGGCUUCUGGCUUCUCCUGGGCCCAGUGCAUGCUGUUGUGGACAUCUGGUGAGAAUCAUUGGACAAAGAAUUCUGUGUCUCUUCGUUUUUCAAAUAAAAAAAGGCAAUGGUAAAAA